CGAGGAGGCAUGGCGGCUUCCAUUGCAGGGUGUUGCGGUGCCGCAAUGGGCCUGGCCCGGAGCUUGCGAGACGCCAGGGCGCUGCUCCCUACGCCGGCCUCUUUCGCCUGCCGGGCCGGCUCGGGGCCGGGCAGGCAGCAGAGCACUGGACCUUCCGAGCCCGGCGCGUUCCAGCCGCCCCCGAAACCGGUUAUUGUGGACAAGCGCCGCCCCCCGCACCAGAGAAGCAGGUUCUUGAGUCCUGAAUUCAUUCCUCCAAGGGGAAGAACGAAUCCUCUGAAAUUUCAAAUAGAAAGAAAAGAUAUGUUAGAAAGGAGAAAAGUACUCCAUGUUCCAGAGUUCUAUGUUGGAAGCAUACUUCGUGUUACUACAGCCGACCCAUACGCCACUGGGAAAACCAGCCAGUUCCUGGGGAUCUGUAUCCAGAGAUCAGGAACAGGACUCGGAGCUACUUUUAUCCUUAGGAACACUAUUGAAGGACAAGGUGUUGAGAUUUGCUUUGAACUUUAUAAUCCUCGGGUCCAGGAGAUCCAAGUGGUCAAAUUAGAGAAACGGCUGGAUGAUAGCUUGCUAUACUUACGAGAUGCCCUUCCUGAAUACAGCACUUUUGAUGUGAAUAUGAAGCCAAUAGCGCACGAACCUAACCAAGAAGUUCCUGUUAAUCAGCUGAAAGUAAAAAUGAAGCCAAAGCCCUGGUCCAAACGCUGGGAACGUCCAAAAUUUAAUAUCAAAGGAAUCAGAUUUGAUCUUUGUUUAACUGAAGAGCAAAUGAAAGAAGCUCAGAAGUGGAGUCAGCCGUGGCUUGAGUUUGAUAUGAUGAGGGAAUAUGAUACAUCAAAAAUUGAAGCUGCAAUAUGGAAGGAAAUUGAAGCAUCGAAAAAGUCCUGAUUCUGAGAAUGAAUUUGGUCACUUGCAGAGAAUGUACUUACUCUCAGAGGAUUUUUUUAGAGACCAAUUUAAUUUCAUAUAUAAGGACAUAGUCAUUAAAUCAGUUGAACAUUCA